GAAAUUUGGGCGAAAAAUGUGAAAAAUAUUUUGUCCUCAGGUUUUGAUGAAGAUUGGGGGAGAAUCGAUCUACAAAUCAAUUAAGGUAUUCCGCUCUAGAAUCGGAUGUGUUUUGGCAAAGAUAUAGCCUUCGCUGUGGGUCACAAUGUGCCUUCCAUGCACCCAUAUAUAAAAGCUAUAGGGUAAGGACUAUAUAAAUGAAUAUCAUGGAUCUACGAAUAUCCUAAAGGACUUCAUCAGAAAUUAAAAAACAAAAGCGAAUCAUUUCUUAGUUGUAAUGAAGGUUUGUAGAGGAUCAGUUUAUCGAUGAAUUAAUGACCAAUCCAAUCCCCAAUAGGGUAUAAAAACUUCGUUUCCAUUGGAAGGUACUCACUACUCUAUUUUCUCUUGUAAAAGUUUUUAGAAACAAUUAGCAGCACAUUAAAAUUUUCUAUUAGUGUUCUAUGCAGUAUGAAUAUGAAAGUCUUCCAUUAGUUGUUGAAAUAAAUUUAAGGGGAAAUGUUUUGAAAACCCAUUUUCCGCUGAUACACGUUGGCGGUGCCCAGAAAGGAAACCACCGACUGACUGAAACCCAACUGCGAAAUGUGAAACGCAACAAAAUCAGAAGAGGAAAACCAAACUCACAGAAAUAGAAACCGAAACCAAAACUCAACGGAGCAAAAUCAACGCCAACGGCGGCUGCCUGUCAAUUAAAACAUUAAAACGCGCUGAAAAAUGCACCAAAAAGUCGAAAAACAAACACAGCAGCAACAACGCUGGCGAUUAGAAGCCUAGAAUUUCGCAAUUGAGCACUUAGAGCCAGAGCCCAGACUCAAAAAAGUGCACAGAAAAUAAUUUUAUCAACAGAUUUUUCAAACUAUGAUAAAUCAGCAAUAAAUCAUACUACAAUAUUUAUAUCAAAUAUGGCUAAAAAUUCGAAAUAGGACAUUUGAAAUAUAAUAUUUCUUUGGGUGUUGAAUCAAAAGCGGAGGAUGGGGAGUGGCCCGGCGUUGGGGGCAACACUAAUGUGUGACCCAGUUUGGGGCACCAUGCAGGAAAGGAACUCUGUUUUGGCUAUUUGCUUUUGAUCAUUAAAAACUGGUUGGCCGCAAACGCCAAAGCGCAUACGACUGCGGUUAUAUUAAUAGUAUCAGAGCCGGACAUAAAUAAUUAUGAAUAAAUCACCGGGUCCCAGCUGAGUGGAGUGUGAAUAGAGCGCAUUAAAAAUGUAUGCCUUCGGAAUUCAUUAAAUAGAAGGAUUAAAUAAACAGAAUUUAAUAUGUUUACCAAAGCGGAUUUGUUUUCAGGGUAAUUUAAUGACAAAUAAAUUGAAAAUAAACAUAUUAGAGAGGAUUAUAAAGGAUUAUGUUGUGAAAAUGUUAAAAAAGAUAUAAUAAGUGUGAGCAUGCAUAUAUUGUAAAUUAUUAAUAAUGGAAUGGGUUACUUUAAUUUAAAUAAUGAAUUGAAUAUAUAUUCAUUUAAUCGUGUCUAUAUAUCCCACCUCGCUUGUCCAUAUUUCUCUUUUUUUUUACCGCCCAUGUCUUUGGCGGCUGCGGAGCUUUCGGCGGCGGCUUUAUAAACCGCCGGCGAUGGCGGCCGCGAGCCGAGUUAUACCGUUAGAUUAGCCGAACGCGCGCGUUUUUCCCACGACCACAAAAUAUUAAAUAACCACCAUGAAGGAUCUCAAGAUGCACUGCCUCCUAGUGGUAGUACUUAUCGGUUAUGUGGCAGCCUUUCCGGACGGAGCUCCAUCGGAUACGUGUGUGAAGCAGCGAGCGAAUCAACCCAAUCAUGGAAAGGCCAGAAGUCAGCCGGCUCAUUCGAAUCCCUUCGAGGUUGUGGCCGAUUCCCAGACCUAUCAUCCCGGUCAGCAGAUAUCGGUGGUUGUGUAUCCGCACUCAGAUCAGAGCACCGUCUUCCGGGGAUUUUUCCUGCAAGCCAGAGAUGCCAAUUCCAACGAGUGGAUCGGGGAGUGGGUGCAGAGCGAGAACACCAAGACUAUUCCGGAGUGCUCCGCCAUAACGCAUUCGGAUAAUCGAGAUAAACUGGGAGCCAAGUUAAUUUGGAAGGCACCGCAAAAUAAACGCGGCAAUGUAUACUUUACGGGCACUGUGCUACAGGAGUACGGCACCUUCUGGAGCGACAUCGUUAACAAAGUACAGGCGGAGCCGCAAUAACUGAAAUUAUGUACUUAGUUAUAAGACAGCUGUACCGACCCAUCCACUCAGCCGGGCAAUAAAUCUUAAAAACCCUAAUUAGUCAAAAAGAAAUUGUUGUUUGAAGAUUUUCCAAAGACCCUUCCCGCCCUUUGCAAUCAACAUUACCAAACAAAAUUAUUGACUUUUUAGCCUAACGUUUAUGAAUGACCAGUCGUCCCACAUACACACAUCUAAAGGCACUCCCACAUUGGCGCUGCCCUCCACCCACCACCUGCCACCACCCACUCGAACUCAACCAAAUCAAAGGCACGAGCCGGGCACGUUUGGCUUUCCAGACACGUUGCCCAGCUUCUCAUUGGAAAUUCGUUUUGGGCGUGCAACUAAAUUGGAAACUUUAAGCACCUUUCAUGCCGGCUGUGCGAGGCGAACCGAUAGCGAUAAAGUAAUUAGACCAGGCCUCCCUCAGACGGCCACAAAAAUUGGCAAAAACGUAAGCCAAGAGAAGCAGGCCAGGUCUGAGUAUCUGGGAUUGCCCUUUUGCUGAUUGCCUCUAAUCGGACGAAGCGGAUAAGGAAUCAACAUCAGACGAUAAGGUCAUCCAUAAAUUGGUUCCAAGAACAGCGAGAAAAUAGAAAAUAUUCGGAAAUUGGACAAAAAAUUCAAUAAAAAUAUUUAACAAACGUUCUUCAUUAAUAGAAAUUGUUAUUGUUUGAUUAAUUAGUUCGCUAUCUGCUUGGAAUGAAGGUCUUUAUAUAAUUUCCAUCAAAACAAUCAAUAACAAAUAUAAUAAACAAAU